GAUCGUUAAUUGUUUGCAUGUCGGUGCUCGCGUCGUGAUUGCUCGUCGGAUUAUUCCCAACAUUCGGAAUUCUCCACGUGAAUGAGGAGAUUUAUAUUCGGAUUGAAUUACCAUUCGCCUAUUAAACUCCUAAAAAUGAAUUAUUAUGCUGUGGCAAGAGGUAGAAAUCCUGGAAUUUACAUGUCAUGGAACGAGUGUCAUGCACAGGUGAAUAAAUUUCCUGGAGCUGCUUACAAGAAAUUUAAUUCAAAGGCAGAGGCUCAGGAAUUCAUAUUAGAUCGUGGGGGAUCUUCAGGGACUGAGGGGAAGACGAAGAGGAUGAAAAUCACUGGACGGUUCCAGCCCUAUUCUACGACAAAGGGAGCGAAGAUGAGGAACAGUCCGAGGGAUGAUUCACCUGAUACUAGGGAUUUUUAUGAUUUCAAGGAGGGAAGAGACCUUGAAGAGGCUCACAAGGAUCCAGGAGCCUUCAUGAAGGAUUCUCAAGGUUGUGUGGACAUUUUCACGGAUGGGGCGUGCUCUCGGAAUGGAUAUAAUGGGGCCAAGGCAGGAUUUGGAGUCUGGUUUGGACAUAAUCAUCCUCUAAAUGUUGCAAAACCAGUUGAGGGUCGGCCGACGAACAAUAAUGCAGAGAUUCAGGCUGUGACGGAGUCAGCACUCCUCUCGAAGAAACACGGUAUAAAAAAAAUAAGAAUUAACACCGACUCCGAGUUCCUGAUUAAAUGCAUGACCCAGUGGAUGCCAACGUGGAAGGCCAGGGGAUGGAAAACUGCCAGCAAUGAGCCAGUGGUGAAUAAGGACGAGCUGAUAAAAAUGGAGAAGGCCCUCAAGGGAUUAAAUUAUGAAUUCAAUCACGUGAGAGGACAUUCUGGAAUCCAGGGGAAUGAAGAGGCUGAUAAAUUAGCUCGACUCGGGGCUCAAAUGUACAAGCAUUGAAAAAAAACAACAAAAAAUCCUCUGCAACACCAGAAAGUUCGUUUAUUCUUAUUUUUAUUUUUAUUAAUUCAGUGUCUGAAUCUCUUCUUCACUUAAAUUGUGUGAAAAAAUAAAAACAAUAAUACAUUGGAA